UAAAACAAUAUAUUUGUGGCCAAAAGUACCCAUAUCAAUAUUGAAGCAUUCAAUAGAAGAAUGUGAACCGCCUAAAACUUCUGUAUCCUAUAAAGAGUUGGGCGCCGUUUAUAAAGGAACAAGGAACACAAUUGCUGCAGCGAGACGUCUUCAAGAAACUGUCAUAGAAUCACGGUCAACAUCCAAUGAAAGCGAAAGCGGCUCUAGCUCUGUUAGAUGCGAAGAAAUUGAGGAUUCCUUUGAAGAGGAAGGAAACGAUACAUCGGGCAAUGAUGAUGACGAUACACUGACAUUUAAUUCGGACGAGAACAACAAAUCAGAACUAGCUCCAUCGAGUUCAGCUGUGUACCGAUCUACAUCAAAACUACAAAAUUCAAAAGCACAACGCGUAAAAUCUGGCAGUUCUCUUCCCAAAUCUAAGGACGUCACAAUAGCUACACCACAGAGGAACCCUGCAUCCAACCUUCGUUGCUCGCUUACGGAAGACCGAUAUACUAAAUUAAUGAAAGCAAUAGCCGGAAUUGAAUACGAUUUGAAGGAAAUCAAGUCUAACCAGACACGGCUUGAAUCGUCCGUUGCCGCCGUUAUUGCUUCCUCUACCAUUACGCCUUCCAGAAUUUCAAGACACUUCGAGUUGCCGACAAGGAAUCAAGAGGGAUUGAUGAAACUGGAGGAACAAGUUAAGCAAGAUACAGAAUUUGAAAAUCUUGUGAAGAUUUUGGCACUAGUAGGAGGUGAAACGCCUAAGAAAGCGACCUAUCAAAUUAUGAAGAGAUUGAUGAAUAAGGAGCUCAGUCUAUUAUACUCCGCAUUUGGAAGAAAAGGGAAAAAAAAUUUCUCAUCACUAACGUUGUAUAAAGCAGUUUUAGAAAGCGUUCGUGUGCUGUUUCCGACGACUUCAGAUCAGGACAUUAGUCGCUUUAUCAGCACAUCCUUGGCCACAGCAGCGGAUCGCGAAGGGGGCCGAAAAUCUCGUGUUACCGGCGUAAAUAAUCAUGAUACAAUGACCCAAGCAGAUUAGGUACCUAUUCACUUAUUGUAGUAUAAUAACAUUAUUCUUUACUUUAUUCUUAUUACCUACAUAGCUAAUUUAGUUUUAAAAUUUAAAAUUCAUUAUCAAAUAUGCCAAGGUCUAGAAAAUCCAUGUUCAUAAAAAGACACUUGUUAGUAACACAGCUGCCGAGUUCAUCUAAAAGUUUAGAACACGACGUACACCCUGUUUUCUCUGAUUCUAAGGUUCACAUCUGUAAAUCUCCUAUAGAAUCAUAUUUACCUUGUGUGUCUACCCUUAGUAACGAUGUACUUUGCCAAACGAAUUUGCCUUACCCACCUACUCCAUCCAUUGAGACAAUUUCACCAGAAACAGGAAAACAACUAAACAACUUGCGCAAUGAAACAAUUUCACAAAAUGCUUUAAUAGAACCACUUAAACAUUCUAUCGAAAGUGAUCUAAGAAAUUGGGCUCUGAUAGAAAAUGUCAAUCACAAACAGUUAACCUCAUUAUUGUCCAUUUUGAGACGGUAUCAUCCGGAGUUACCAAAAAGCAGCAAAACAUUACUAAAAACCAAGAGAAAGUUUUGUUCUAAAUCCAUGCUGUCUGCCGAUAAAUGUAACGGCGAAUUUUUUUAUUUUGGGAUAGAGAAUGGCAUACGUCACCAAUUGCUUAAUGAUGACAUUAGAUCUUCCUUAUUUACAUUGGAAAAUUCUUAUCACAUAGAACUAGUUUGUAAUAUUGAUGGUUUGCCCAUAUACAAAAGUUCCAGGUCUCAGUUCUGGCCAAUAUUAGCUAAAGUUUUUAAAAAAAAUUACACCUUCUCUCCAUUUGUUGUUGCCCUGUUUUUAGGAAAUAGCAAACCGCUAUGCCUGAAAGAUUAUUUGAAUGACUUUAUUACAGAAUUCAAUAACCUUUCAACCAAUGGGUUUUUGUACGAGGGAGAAAAA